AUGGCCCAGAAGCCGCCCGACCGGCCGGCCCUGCGCCGCCACAAGUGCUGCAUGGGCGCCCUGUACUACAGCCAGGCUCUCAUGGACAGCAGGAUGGAGCCGGUGUGCGCCGGCAUUCGGCAGACCCACAAGGGCGGGGAAGACCUGGGCGAGCUGCAGACGGAGGCGUCCAACCUCGUCGAUUUCAAGUACAUGUGCGUGGGGUACUCGAUCUACGACGAGGAGCGGAUGAGGCGGCAGCCCUCGAGGGACGACCCGGCCAGCGGCGUGGACCUGCCCUAUUGCGAGGGACUCGAGAUAGUCUCGUCGCGAAAUCUGCAAGGAAAUCCUGUUCUCUUGAAAGAGGGAAUUGAGGGCCCUGCAGGUGCCCCUCCAUCCACACAGGAGCCAGCGCCCAAAAGGAAGAAUAGUUUCUUCCCUGGCAGCGGAUCCACCUUUGUGUCUGAGCCUGGAGGAGUAAACUGGGGGAAGCUCCCUGAAAGGUUCCAGAAAUCUUCCUUUUUGAUACUGCAGAAGAUGCAGCAGAAUGCCGGCUACUUGGCGACGUCCAUGAAGCGGGUGAUCGAGAGAAUCAGUGACAUUGGAAAAGGCUGA